CGUUGGACUAAAAUGCGAACUACACUUGAAAACUUAUUGAAUGACACUGCGAUUACAAAAGUUCUAGUACUAUGUCACAAUACUCUUGAGGUAUGGAUGACGUUACAAUACUCUUUUUUCUACAUUUAUCCUAGCAACCUGACCUAUGCAACAGUCAGAAAGGAAAAACGACCAAGGAAAAACAUAUCUUUGGGAAGCUUCCGAAAUAUAUGUUACGAUAGUUAUUAGAAUAUGUCAACACAGCACAAUGGACCUCCCUUUUCCUAUAACUAUGGGCCACCAUCAGGCCAACCUUUCACACAAGGAAUUACUCGGACGUCAGAUGAACUACAUGACCAUACAUCCAGUGUAGUAAAUGGUCCAAAUGCCGAUCCGCCUCCAGUACAAGGAUAUUAUCAGCACCCCGGGCUACUUCCGACGCGAGAAAACGAUCCACGAGCAAGUUCGCCAUUACAAAGACCCAAUGGUCCAUUUUCCGGUCCACCUCCUAUACAAGAAAGUGCUCCACGCGCUGAUCCGGCAUUACAUAAACCACAUGGUCCACCGUCCGGUCCGCCUCCCAUGCAAGCAAAUGGUCCACACGCAAGUCUGCCAUUACAUAAACCACAAGCUCCACCUUCCGGUACGCCUCCUAUGCAAGAAAGUGCUUCAUACGCAAGUCCGGAAUUACAAAAACAACAUGGUCCACCCUCCGGUCUACCUCCUAUGCAAGGAAAUGGUCCACACGCAAGUCCGCCUUUACAGAAACAACAUGGUCCACUUUCUGGUCCGCCUCUUAUGCAAGAAAAUGGUCCACAAGCAGGUUUACCGUUACAAGAACCAUAUAAACCAUCUCAUGCACAAUAUGUUGGUCCAAUACAAUAUCAACCAGGUCAACUACCCAAUGGAAUAGGUUUUUCGGGACAGCAAGGUAUGCCAAUUGCACCAAGGGCACCACCUCAAAUUAUAUGGAUGACACGACCAGAGAGUGUUCCAGGAUGCCCACCGGGCCUUGAAUACCUUACACAAUUAAAGCAGAUUGUCAUGAAGCAAGAUAUGAUUCAAGAUCCUAAAAUAACAUAUAAUAAUUACGACGAAGAUAGAUCAGCUCCAUAUCAUAUCAGAAAUACAGCCGGUCAAGAGUUAUACUUAGCAAAACAAAACCCUCGUCAUGAUGUCAGAUAUUCUGAAAGACGUUUAGAUAUUCAUAUUACAGACAAUAUGGGCGUAGAUGUGAUAAAUGUCAAGAGUACCUUGAGAGAUUGCGGUGGGUGGUAUUUUUACCAAUGUUGCUGCUGUCCAGGUACUCCUCUCGAGAUAACAGUAGAAUCGCCACCGGGACAACUUAUUGGUUCAAUCGUUCAACACAAGAGCUGGAACAAUUACAUGUUCAACAUCAAAGAUAACAACCACCAAAUAAUAUUUGAUAUCAAUGGGCCGCCAAAGUGUUCGUCCGCCGCUUGUUGUCAAGUGUGGAAUUACGAAACGAAAAUUACAACCCCGAAUGGACUUCAUCAAAUAGGUACGAUCUUCAGAGAAAUUUGGGAUACUCCAAAAGAAUACAUCAUGGGUGUAAAUACAUUUAGGGUUUCAUUCCCAGUGGACCUUGAUGUUAAAAUGAAAGCUAUAAUGAUAAGCUUUGUCUUCCUUCUUCAGUUCAUUGAUUCUACCACCAGGCCUACUGCAGAACAACGAUUAGAACAACGAUCAGCAUUUGGAUCUUAUUAGGAGCUUAUGAUUAGAGAAAUAUAUUCUGAAGUCUCAAAAGGAAUACCAUUAAUUUAAGUGCAAAUAAAAAAGUAUACACCUGCGUAGCAGUUCGUUCGAUGCGUUCCUGUGCCCUUAUUAAUUGUGCAAUGCGCCAUUAUGUUAAGAAUUAUUCUAACCAGUUUACGUAUUCAGCAUUGUCGUCAGUGCGUCAAGGUAGUCCAUCGUGUUGUUGUUUUUCAUUGCGAAAACUAUAAUGAUUAGGAGCGCUAGCGUAAUAAGAAAUUGUACAAUGUACAUUAUAUGAGGGAUGGAUCUAUAGAUUUUUAAACUCGGGGGUGGGCGGCAAUCUCUUUCUUCAUCAAUACUGUAGGAACAAUGAUUUGCUUGAUGUUAGCUCUCUUUGCCGCACUGAAAAUAAUCCAACAAUAAAAGAUCUACUCUACCAAGCUCUAUGUAACGAUUAUAUAUCUCGAUCAGUAAUAAUUGUAUAUUAUUUAUCGGCAAAUAUGCUUUUGAGACCAUUCGUUUAAUUAUAAACCUGUUGCAACCAGGAAAUUAAAUGCAUUGAUCAUAA